GGAGGCGAGAAGAAGGACGAUAUGUAGGGUGAGGAAGGAGGCGGACUGAGAGAUCGCUGCUACGAGGUGCCGAGUCUCACCCAUCCGACAUCACCUGCAGCUGGGCGGGACUCGACCACAUAUAUGCCGCUCCUCAGCAGAACCGGACCGCUGUGCAGGACCAUCUGAACCGGACGCCGUGCAGGACUACCUGGACAGAACCGCUAUUGGACCGUUUACUGGACCGCUACAUGAUCAUGUACUGAGCCGGACCGGACCUUAAUAGGACCAUGUACGCCGCUGGAUCGCUGUAGGACCAUAUUGAGCUGGACCGCUAUAGGACCUUGUACUGAGCCGGACCGCAAUAGGACCAUGUACUGAGCUGGACCGCCCCAGGACCAUGUACUGAGCCGGACCGCUACAGGACUGCCUUUAUAAGCUCCGUCGGACGGGCAGGAGCCUUCCGUCCGCCGGUCCAUGCCGAUGUUGUGGGCUGACGUGGACGACAGUGUCAAACAAGGACAAUUCCUCUUUUAUAAAGAUUCUCCGUGUUCUGUUGUUGCCGACGGGAGGGCGUAGGGCGUUUCUCCGGUAGACCCCCGUGCUGCCGGGCCUUGGACCGGGGAACGUCUCCUCACAGCAGGGCGUCCACCACCAUGCCUGCCGUGUAACGGGCGGUGGAUUCUCCUCUACGAGUACGCGGAAGGUGGUUGUCCGUCCUAAGGAAGAGUUAUUAUGGGCUGUCUGGGAGGGGGCAGUCAGACAGAGGACCAACGUCUGGACGAGAAGAAUCGGAGAGAGGCCAACAAGAAGAUCGAGAAGCAACUUCAGAAAGAGCGCCAGUCGUAUAAAGCAACGCACAGACUCCUGCUGCUAGGAGCAGGAGAGUCCGGGAAGAGUACCAUCGUCAAGCAGAUGAGGAUUCUCCACGUUGACGGUUUCGAUGAUGAGGAGAAGAAGGAGAGGGGGCAAGACAUCAGGAAGAAUGUAAAGGACGCCAUCGUGGCGAUCAUAACAGCCAUGGGCACGCUGACUCCCCCUAUCCCAGUGGGUAACCCUGCCAACCAACCCAGAAUCGACUACAUCAAGAGCAUCGCACCGCUCUCUGACUUCGAAUACACUGAGGAGUUCUUUGAGAACGUGGACAAGCUGUGGGUGGACGAGGGCGUGAAGGUGUGCUUCGAGCGCUCCAACGAGUACCAGCUCAUCGACUGUGCUCAAUAUUUUCUGGAGAAGUUGGAUCAUAUCAGAAGCGUUGACUACAUUCCGACCGAUCAGGAUCUUCUGCGCUGCCGAGUUCUGACUUCAGGGAUCAUUGAGACCAGGUUUCAAGUGGAUAAAGUCAACUUUCAUAUGUUUGACGUUGGAGGGCAAAGAGAUGAACGGAGGAAAUGGAUUCAGUGCUUUAACGAUGUGACAGCCAUCAUCUUUGUAGCAGCUAGCAGCAGUUACAACAUGGUGAUCAGAGAGGAUAACUCGACCAACCGGCUUCGAGAAUCACUGGACCUUUUUAAAUCCAUCUGGACAAACCGGUUUCUGAAGACGAUCUCGGUCAUUCUGUUCCUGAACAAACAGGACAUGCUGGCCGAUAAGAUCCUGGCGGGAAAGUCCAAACUAGAGGACUACUUCCCUGACUACGCCCAGUACACCCAGCCCGUGGAUGCUUUACCAGAUGCUGGUGAGGACCCGUUGGUGACGAGAGCAAAAUUCUUCAUAAGAGACCAGUUUCUGACAAUCAGCACAGCCAGUGGAGAGGGGAAGCACUACUGCUAUCCCCACUUCACCUGCGCCGUGGACACGGAGAACAUCCGCAGAGUCUUCCAGGACUGUCGAGACAUCAUCCAGCGCAUGCACCUCCGACAGUACGAGCUCUUGUGAUUGGUCCUGGAGAAUCAGCCGGUCACAUCAUUGACCAAUCAGGAAACAGACUGGAACAUUCUAGUUAGUCCAUAACAUAGACCAUGUAUAAUUAAAGACAAGUACUAUUUAUAUUUGAAAAAGUGAUCCGACCCGCCUGAACAGUGGUUAAUAUGCAGCUCCUGAUGAGAGAUGACCUCUUCCCACAAUGUGCCUCAAACUGCAAAUACAUCACAGGUCAUUCUAUCACCUUCAAACCUGCUCACCCAUUCAGGUACAUGUCGGAGGUCAUCCUAAUGCCCUGCAACCUGCUUACCUGUCCAGGUAGAGGGCAGAGGUCAUCUUAAUGCUCUCCGACUGGCUAACCCAUCCAGGUAGGGGUCAUCUUAAUGCUCUCCGACUGGCUAACCCAUCCAGGUAGGGGUCAGAGGUCAUCUUAAUGCUCAUCGACUGUCUAACCUAUCCAGGUAGAGGUCAGAGGUCAUCCUGCAUGAACACUGAAUGAUGGAUGGAUGAACCAGUUGAACUCUCCAUUCUAAAGUUCAAGAGUUUUUUUACAACCUUAGCAUUCGAUUUAUAAACAAAAGGGUCUAUGGGUUUAUUUAUAUAUUUAAAUACAGAUAGGGAGCCCUCUUUAUUUAUUUGUAUAUAAAGGAUGUAGCUUUAACAGAUGCUUCAUGUUAUACAAAGUGGUGGUGUUUAUUUUCAAGCAUGUUUCGACCAGCUGUCGGCUGGGAUUAUUAACUACACUAGUCAAAGAUAACUACUAGUCAAGGAUUAUUAUAUGAUAUCACGCAAGCCUGUUACUGACAUAGUGACUCCUGGACAGCUGAACGAAGUGCUACAUACAGGUGGAGUUUGUUUUGAAGUGAAUUGUAAUAUACCGCCAGCUGGGCUUACAAAACGUGUUUCUGAAUAACUCAACAUGUCAAAUUAACUCACUCAACAUGUUAUCAAUUUACUCAACCUGUCCAAUUAAAUAACUUGAAUUAACCUGGUCAGCAUGCCAUGUUACCAUACUCAAAAUUAGACGUUAACCAACAUGUUAUGUCAACUAUCUCAACAUGUCAUGUUGACUAACUGAACGUCUCGCGGUAACAGUUGACGUGUACAUACAUGUAUAUGCAUUUACGGUGCAUAGUGCAUGGUUUAGAGGGAGCAUCCUUAUAGAUUGAGGUUUUUGCGUGUGCUCUCUUGACACGUAUUUACGUGUGCACAGAGCAUCGUGUAAAACCAGAGCAUCGUGUAAAACCUCUCUCCAUUAUUUCAUAGGACAAUCGGAAUGUUGUUGAUGACAUGUACAACGUUUAUUCUCUCGGCAUGUUAGUGUCCCCCAUGUCUCUGCCCAAGGCACAGCCCGCUUCGUUCUAGUUGGAGCUCAACGGUUAAAUGUUAAACUACAGUACAGGGUAACUCCAUUGUUGAGUUCGGGUAGGCAAGUUGGAGAAACCCACUAGAGUAGGCUCGAUUUAGAGUUUCCAACUGAAAUAAUUCCAUUAUCCUUUCAGGCCACACCCCCAAAUCACUGGCUCGCUAGCUUUAGCAGUAGGUCUGCCAAGCCUUAUGGUAGAGUUGGUCAAUCGCAAUGAGGCCACAGGCAGAGUGUGCGAAGGCAGCCGGGUAGGUAGGUAGGUAGACAGACUGUUAUGCCGCCCAAUCAUUUCAUUCGCCCAGAAUGAAGUGAUUUGGUGUGCUCAUUAAUGACCGGCAACGGCCACUGAUACCAUACAUAUUUCCUAUUGUUUCAGAGCAUUUGACUAAUGCCUCUAAAAUGAAUUGCUUAAAACAGCGUUAAAUACAAACUUUGGUUAGCUGCUUACUUGUUGUUGAAACUCAAAUGUUUAAUAGAAACGGUACAGUUAGCUGAUAACUUGUAGGUGAAACUCAAAUCUUAAAUUUAAACGGUACAGUUAGCUGCUUAAUUGUAGUUGAAACUCAACUCAUAAAUAUAAACAGUAGAGCUGCUAACUUGGAGGUGAAAUCCAACUGGUUAAUGUAGAAGGUACAGUUAGCCAGGGUUCGAGUUAGGUGGGAGCCAGUGGGAGCUGAGCUCCCAUAGAGAGAGGUCUGGCUCCCAUGAAAGCAGCAAGCUCAAAUAUCUGUGGGGGUCUCUGAAAAUACAGCCGCAUAAUAUUGUAAUUACAAAUAAAGCUAUUUUCCCUUCCACAUACAGAGUAAUAUUGACGUUGAGUAAAGGAUAAUGGAACGCCGGUCAUUAUCGGGAAAAUAAGCCCAGACAGGGCGAACCAGACACCGUGUCUUGCUUCGACCUGAAGUGGCUUAUCAGCGCCCCCCCCAACCCCUGCUAACAACCGAGCGCAAGGCCGGCAUGGUCUUCUCCCCCCCCCCCCCGUCAACAACUUUAAAGGACCCCCACAGAGAUGGAAUCAUAAUUCAAUCCCUGCAGUUAGCUCCUAACUUGUUUUUGAAAUUCCACUGUUAAAUGAGGCCCUUUAUUAGUUAGCACAUUUUUACUCAUAAAUUGGAAACAUGAUCUGGGCAUGUUUCUUUGUCAUGUUAUAUUUGUUUAUCUUCCUUGCUAAGACAGACAUUUGUUGGCAUCUAUCUGUGUUUUAGGAAGGGGUUUUAUAGGCUACUGCGGGAGUUGUAAUGUUUUUAUGCACUACUGAUGUAGCACUAGAAUAUUUAAACCUGGUGUAAAGGUACAACAUGUAAUCCCUCUCUAGUGGUGGCUUGGUUUCUAACUAAUAUAUUUCUGUGGGACCUUUUUCUAAAUCAAAUUGGUGAAUGGGAUUUCUUUUCUAUCUUAAUAAAUAACAGCAAAUGUACUGUAAAUGAUAUAUCCAGAGACUGAGCUGAAUAAAUAGGUUUCUCUGCACAAUACACCUGUAUCUAACAAUUACCACCUGUAUCUAACCCCAACUGUGGUCGACUAAUCUUAAUGGAGCUGUGUAUAUGUAUAUGUAAGCUAUAUAUACAUAUAACUAAUGGAGCAUAGAUAUGAGAUCCUUUUAAAGUGUGUAUCAACUUUUCAUCAAAGUUUGUACAUAAUUCUAUAAUUAUUUAUAACUACUGUCUGCUCUUUUAUAAUGUGAAGCUUUGACCUCUGAACUCUGUGCCUUUCCUUCAUGGCGGUUGGUAUGACUACAAGGUUAAUUAACCCUUCUGAACCACAGAAGAGUCCAAACAUCGUUUUUUUUUAGUGAUGCUUUGUGGGAUAGACCUAAGUUACAUAAAUAAAUACAUUAAAGUCA